GGUUAGGGUAAUAAAGAAACAAAAUAUAGAAGGAUGUAGAAUACAGUAGUAUCUUUCUUAGUAGUACACUAGCUAGUAGUUGUUUUCUGGACGGUCAACUUUUUCUUAAAAUUUCAUUCCCGAGAGAGAGAGAGAGAGAGAGAGACAUUGUUGUAUCUUUUUUAGGGAGCGAGAGAGAGGGAGACAGUGUCAUCAUCAUUCAUCACUCACUCUCCUUAGUCAAAUCAAAUCAAAAUCCCUAUUUUUGAGUUUUGACCACCAUGGUUUAACCUCUUCAAGGUCCGAUUCAACUCGCGCGAUUCCCCGAUUCAAUUCUGAUUUCGGAGGGUAGAGUUUUGAUUCCGGUGGUCUGGUGAAGUAAGGGUUUCCGUUUUCUGACCGCAAUAAUGGAGAAUCCACCUGUAGAAGAGCUGCUGAAGAAGAUGCUUGAGCUAGAGCAAAGUCAAGACCAUCUUAAGCAUGAGAUGUCGAGGCUCACGGGGCUUAGGCAGCCAUCGCAUCUGAUGCUGCCGGGGCAGCCGUCGCGGAAGGAGAAACGACGUAUCCAGGGUUCCAUGAGUUCGAGAGCUGGAGUUGGUGGUGGCAAAGAGCCAUCGGCAGGGAAGUUCACUAACGAACAGUAUUUGAAUGUUUUGCAGUCCAUGGCUCAAUCUGUUCAUGUCUUAGAUCUAGAUACGCGUAUUAUCUUUUGGAAUGCCAUGUCGGAAAAGCUUUACGGGUACUCUGCUGAAGAAGUAGUUGGGAAGAACCCACUUCAUGUUAUCGUAGAUGAUCAUGAUGCUGCCUUUGCGAUGAAUGUUGCUCGACGUUGUGUCAAUGGGGAGAGCUGGACCGGCGAGUUUCCUGUCAAGAGCAAAUCAGGGGAGAUCUUUUCCGCUGUCACUACGUGCUCACCCUUCUACGAUGAUAACGGCUCUAUUAUUGGGAUCAUUUCUAUCACAAGUGACAUAGCACCGUAUUUGAACUCGAGAAUCUCUUUGGCUAAACUUAAGGCAGAAGAAGAAGAAGAAACGAGUUCUAUCCCUCCAAGGAAUUGUUUUGCCUCUAAACUUGGUUUGGACUCCAAAGGAGCUGUUAUAUCGAAACUUGGUCUUCAUUCUGAUCAGCCUAUACAAGUUGCCAUAGCAUCAAAGAUAUCAAAUUUGGCAUCCAAGGUGAGCAACAAGGUCAGGUCGAAAAUGCGAGCAGGUGCCACACUCUCUGAGGGUGGCAGUGGGGAUAGUCAUCAUUCAGAUCAUGGUGUCUUUGGUGCUACUCUCUCUGACCACAUGGAUGGUGCAGCUUCAAGUGGUGCUAGCACACCGAGAGGGGAUUUUAUCCAGUCUCCUUUUGGUGUAUUCACAUGUGAUGAUAAUAACAAGUUUCCUUCAAAACCCUUGAAAUAUUCCAGUGUUGAGAGUAAUGGAAAGCAUGCAAUCCAUAAGGUUCUCACCGCAAAAUCUGAAGAAUGGAUGGUAAAGAAAGGCUUGUCACUGCCAUGGAAAGGGAAUGAGCAGGAAGGUUCAAAAAGAAAGUCUACUCAUUUUGUAUGGCCUUGGUUACAAAAUGAAGAAGAGAAAGAUAAGUAUCACCAGGUUAAUCCCUCUGCUGGUGUUAAGUCCGAAAGCUAUGGCUCUGACAGUAAUAAGCCUACUGACGACGAGGCUUUUAGUAUGUGGUCUUCCUCUAUAAAUGCGAACAGCACAACCAGUGUUAGUAGUUGCGGAAGUACCAGCAGGAGUGUUAUGGAUAAGAUUAAUACAGAUAGUGAUUGCUUGGAAUAUGAAGUUUUAUGGGAUGAUUUGACAAUUGGGGAACAAAUUGGACAAGGUUCAUGUGGAACUGUCUAUCAUGGACUCUGGUUUGGAUCUGAUGUAGCUGUGAAAGUGUUCUCCAAACAAGAAUAUUCAGAAGAGGUCAUAAAAUCUUUUAGACAAGAGGUAUCGUUGAUGAAAAGACUUAGACAUCCUAACGUUCUGCUGUUUAUGGGAGCUGUGACUUCACCUCAGCGUCUCUGUAUAGUCUCAGAGUUUAUUCCACGUGGAAGUCUCUUCCGUCUACUACAGAAGAGUAUAUCAAAACUUGAUUGGAGGCGGCGUAUCAAUAUGGCCUUGGAUAUUGCUCGUGGUAUGAAUUAUCUUCACUGUUGUAGUCCACCCAUCAUACAUCGUGAUCUGAAGUCGUCAAAUCUGCUGGUAGACAGGAAUUGGACCGUUAAGGUAGCUGACUUUGGUCUUUCCCGUAUCAAGCAUCAGACAUACCUGACCAGCAAGUCCGGAAAGGGAACGCCUCAAUGGAUGGCACCGGAAGUUCUUCGAAAUGAGUCUGCUGAUGAAAAGUCUGACAUUUACAGCUUUGGAGUAGUACUAUGGGAGCUUGCCACAGAGAAGAUCCCAUGGGAAAAUCUCAACUCGAUGCAGGUGAUUGGAGCUGUGUGCUUCAUGAACCAGAGGCUGGAAAUUCCAAAGGACAUUGAUCCUACUUGGAUCUCAUUAGUCGAGAGCUGUUGGCACAGCGAUACGAAGCUAAGACCCACAUUCCAAGAACUGAUGGACAAACUAAGGGACCUGCAAAGAAAGUAUGCUAUACAAUCCCAAGUGACUCGUGCUGGGUUACUUGACAACCCUCUCCUCAAGAACAACUAAACAAAACAAAAGUUGACCCCUUCUCUCUUAUACCUUUUUGUUCCUUGACGCACUGCUAUGGUGGUCUGCCGAUGUCUUUUUCAUCAUUGAACAAAAGAGUAGAGCUGCUUCAGAAAUUUUGCGCGGUCUAAUUUCCCUGCAGUGAAGUACAUGAAUAUGCAGUCCAAGUAGAGACAGACACCACACUCUCUAAAGCCAACAGCCUCGUACUCAACGUCAAUGGAGCCAUUAUAUCUCUCUUCUUGGACCUUCUAGCUGGAAAGUGGGAUGUUCGCUAAGCAAGAGAAUUACAAAAUUAUCCCAGAUUGAUUAUCUCGGCAGCGUCUUCGUCCUGGGCUCCUGGCUCGAUCGGGCACACAUGUGAUCAGAAGAAACUGAAGAAGCCACCCAUGGGAAGAUGUCUUGUGGACCAAGUCAUUAUUCACCUCACCUCACUUCACUUCUUGUCAUCAUCAUUCAUCCAUAUUAGUUCUAGGAAUUCCC